CCUCUGCACCUGACUCUCUACUACACUGAAGAAUGCAAGGCAAAGACUGCCUCCAAGUAUCGGCUAUUUAUUUAUCCGGUCGUCUCCUGUCUAUGUGCUUUCACUUAAGCAUUCUUGCAUGGACUUGGGUAGAGCUAAAUGCAAGGUAAAUUCAGUAAUAAGAAGCUAUAGUAAAAAUGCCAAGAUCUUUUCUGGUGAAGAAACACCUGACUUCAAGGAAGCCACAUUACGGUCAUCUGGAAUCCCUUAAAAAAGGAGAAGCCACUUCUCCAGUUGUUGAAGAGUCUGUGAUCGCGCAGAGUCUGCAGCCUGAGUUUCCAUCAACUGCGACUUGUGUCCAGGCCUUGGGAGUAUGGGAAUGUAUGCCCCUCGUUGCUGUAGCAACCCAGACUUCCAGUCCCGAAGAAGCUGAUGUUACCUCACACCCAUUGAGAGAAACGCAGGCGCUGUGCUCUUUUCAGGAAAAGCUGUCAGAAGAGACGGUGUUGGCUGUGAAACUGGCCGCUACUCCUCAUAGAGUCUCCCCCAGUGAGCGGGACAUGAACGCCAGCCAGCUCAGCCAAGGCCCCAGGCUCUUGGAGGACAAGAGCCUCAUUCCCAGCUCUCUCCUCAGUCUCCCCCACCAUUCCCAGGAGAAGUUUGAGUGUUUUGACUGUCACAAGGCCUACUACACCUUCUCCGGACUGGCCAAACACAAGCAGCUGCACUGCGAGUGGCAGUGCCACAGGUAUUUCAACUGCAAGUACUGCGACAAGGAGUACGUGAGCCUGGGCGCGCUCAAGAUGCACAUCCGCACCCACACGCUGCCCUGCGUCUGCAAGCUCUGCGGCAAAGCCUUCUCUCGGCCCUGGCUGCUGCAGGGCCACAUCCGCACACACACAGGAGAGAAACCCUUUUCCUGUCCGCACUGCAGCCGGGCCUUUGCGGACCGUUCUAACUUGCGGGCCCACUUGCAGACGCACUCGGACGUGAAGAAGUACCAGUGCAAGAGCUGCUCCAAGACCUUCUCCAGGAUCUCGCUGCUGUCCAAGCAUGAGGAGGCCGGCUGCUGCCCGCUCUCUUGACACCCGCGCGAGCUCAUCCAACCACGGGAGGCCCAGCGUCUCCUAAGAACGUCUGCGAGCUUGGCGCAGUGUCUGCCUUCCCUGAACACAAGCAUUCAGGGCCAGACCCAGAACGGGAUUUGUUUUCUUUGCAGUUGUGAGAAAUUCAUGGUCUGGUGGCUGAACAAAUGAUGACUGAACACCGUCCUUUCGCACCACCCGCACGCUUCUAGUCCCGAGAAGUACGUGGAGUGAGAAAGAAGAGACGUUAUGAUCCAGUGUUUGUUUUUUUUAAAAAGAAACAAAACAGUGUUAGCUUGAUGAAACUUUCGCUUCACAUUUCAGAUUUUUUUCUUGUUGUUGUCUUUUAUUUGACUUUUUAAAAAAAACAAGAAUAAAAAAGUUACUGAUGUGUGCUUUCACAAUAUGUACAUUUUAUGGUAACAAGGUUAAGGUUUUUACUGGUGAGUUUUGCAGCAAGGUGUUUAACACAAGAGGGCAUAAAUAGGUCAGCUAACUGACACACACCUGCUUAUUCCAUGUAAUUAGAAUGUUUAUUCAGCCGUUAGUUAGGCUGCGGUUGCGUUUGUGUCAUGUCAUGAUCUAUUAAAUAUUUUCAUAUUUG